UAAAAAAAAAAAAAAACACUGGUUCCUUUAAUAUAACGCAUUUUUACUUGAACCACAACCUAAAGCAACAAAGAUGCGAAAGGUUAUGCCCAUUCAAGAAGGUGUUCAGUGAGAGAAAGAAAAAGAGAGGUCACGUGAUUCUUCUGGUGUAACACGAACACGAGCUUGUAGACGUUAACCUACCCCAUCUUCCUUUUUUUGCUGUACUAGUAUCAGUAUCAUUUGUAUCACCGAAGAAAGCAAGGGUAGGGAUGUGUGUUUGAUUCUUGAUUUUCUGGGUUUUGAACCUUGGAGUGGUUAAAAUGGCAGUUCAAGCACAAAAUUUUGGGUUUCAGAAUAUGGAUUUUAACCCAUUUGACAUGUGUGGUUCACAGGAUUGGGUUAUAGGGAGUGAUAAUGGUUUAUAUUUCCAAGAACAGACGAAGAAGAUUCAUCAAGUUUUUGGUUGUUGGGAUAAUCAAACUUCUCCAUCUCCUUCUCUUCCUACGGAGUUUCUGCAAUCUUUAUCAUCUGAUAUUCAGAAUCAACGUCUGGAAAUGGAUUUGUUGCUUCAGUUAGAGAAUCAGAGAUUGAGGUCGUCAUUUCUGCAAGAAGAAACAAGGCAACAAGCAGUUCUACUCCACAAAUAUGAAUCAAGAACUAAGACUCUGAUGCUCCAAAAAUACGAGGAAUUGGCUAUGGCAAAAAACAAGACAAUGGAACUCCAAGAUUUCUUUCAAAGAGCAGAAAUGGAGGCCAAAAUCUGGAAGGAAAAGGCCAUAGAAAAUGAAGCCACUGUGUUUAACCUCAACAACAAGCUGAAUCAAGUCAUCGAAGAAGACUUUUUGAUGUUCAAUAAUGGAGCCCAAGAUGCAGUUUCACUUUGUGGUUCUUCAAGCAUAAAAAACAAUACCCAAGAAGAAAAAGAAUAUGAAGAACAGAAGAAAAAGAUGGCUUGUAAAUUGUGCCAAGUUAGAAACUCCUGUGUAGUUUUCUUUCCUUGCAGGCACCUCUGCAGCUGCAAAUCUUGUGAAAUGGUUUUAGGUUUGUGUCCAGUCUGUGAGUCUGUAAAAAAAGCAAGCCUAGAAGUUACCUUUUUGUGAGAAAUUCUUGGAAACAAAAGGCGAUGUUUCAGUUUCUUGGAGAAUACACCUUUUGAUGGAUUGUUUUGGUGAUUUGACUGGUUAAUCUCUCUUGUUUUAGCCA